CUCUCCUCUCUCUACCCCAUUCUCUCUCCUCUCUCCUCUCUCGCUCCCUUCCCUCUCUCUCUACACCUUCUCCGAAGCCGCCAUUCCCAAGAUUAGCAGCAGCCGAGCUCGUCCCCCGAAAACCCGGUGCCACCGGCUCCACUCCGCCGCCACCGCCUCUACUCCCCGCUUGGAGAUCCGGGCCAGCAUUUCUUGGGUGACCGCUGGUUGCUGCACUUGUUAUUAAAAAAAAGCUUGCUUUUUUUUGGAGCUCUCUGAUGCUUCCAUUUUGGAUAACGUCUCUGUGAAAGGUACAAGCAUUGUAGUAUGACUUGCCUGCUGCCGGCGACGGGCUAAGUUGGCGUACUCUGUGUCUGUCUAUUGAAUCAGUCUACUUGGGUCAUGGGGUCGUCCGGCUGUAGUUUGGAGAUAGUUGAGUCCACGGAAGAAGAAUUCAACAGUGUGCCUGUUGGUGGCUCCAGCUUGCUGCAUAUUAAAGUGAAAGCUGAAGAGAAAGGCGGCAAGUGUCGUGAUUAUCCUGUGGAAGAUGACCUCGACCAGCUUCUUAAAGCGAUCGAUAGCAGGACCUUCCGUCGGGCACUUAGUCCUGGCAAUACCCGUGGAGAUCCGCUGGGAAAGUGUGCUCUCAAGAAACCAGCUAGAUCAGGGUUGUCUCAAAAUGCGGGCAUCGGGAUAUCCUCCAAGACUGUCAAUAUGAAGCAAGCUCUGAGAAGGCUGUGCAUUUCCCAGGCGUCGGAAAUGGCUGCAAUGAGGAGGUUGUCGAUGUCACCUGGAUCAUCAAGUUCAUCUGAAGCUGGGACUAUCCACAGGCUUUAUGCCUCUUUGAUGGUCCAAAGUAAUGAUGAAAGUUAUCUGCAUGAUGAUGAAAAGAUGAACCUGAUUCAAAUAUCAAUCACUCCGGAGAAGAUCGAUAAGAAUUCAUCUAGAGGAACGAGCGAGUUCAGUGAAGACUGUGAUUUCGAGACAGCUGAUGGAAGUGCAAUCACCUCUAUCCAUUCUGCAUCGUCUACCUCAGGUGAGACACGGAAGAUCAGGAUCCAAGAUGUCAUCAGUGGUGACCCUUUAGAUAGCGGGAGCUCCUUGGUGGAAAAUGGGAAAUUAGGAAAUAAAGUUUCUGCAGCUACUAAUGAUAGCUCUCCCAGAGUCCCGAUCUUGAGCAAACCCAUCACUACAUCCCGACUUGUCAAGCCAGUCUUUCGAUGCAAGACUGUCAGUAAGAAGAAAGUGAAAGAUAAACCAUCUUCGUUGGGUGAUUCCUCCAAUAGUACUAAAUUCUGCUCUUCCAAGGAGUCAAUCUCCCUUGCAUCAACCAGCUGCUCUUCAACAUCCAGUGUUACAAAUCCCACCAGCUGUGCAGAAGAAGAGAAAUCAAAUCCAGGGCCAGAAAAAUCUGAUGAGCAAUCGUCUGAGUGGUUAAGAGCAGAGGAAAAAGGCGAGUGCUCCCAGAAUUCAAAGAGCAGUAUUAGUGAGUAUGGUUGUAGCACAAGUAUCAGUGACGAGAGCCAAAUUGGAUUGUGUGGCUAUAGUAACAGGCCGCACAUGGCAAAGGAUCUGCGCUGGCUAACCAUUCGCCAGUUGGCAUUGCAGCAGGGAUCCUUAGGACUCGACAAUUUCAAGCUUCUCAAGAGGCUUGGUUGCGGGGACAUUGGGACUGUGUAUCUCGCUGAGUUAGUUGAUUCAGAUUGCUUAUUUGCUUUAAAGGUUAUGGAUAUCGAGUACCUGAUUAACAGAAAGAAGAUGCUACGAGCACAGGCUGAGAGGGAGAUACUAGAAAUGUUGGAUCAUCCGUUUCUUCCAACCCUUUAUGCCCAUUUUACCACAGACAAUCUCUCAUGCUUGGUCAUGGAGUACUGUCCAGGUGGUGAUUUGCACGUUCUUCGUCAAAGACAACCUGGAAGAAGCUUUCCGGAGCCAUCUGCAAGGUUUUAUGUUGCAGAAGUUCUCCUUGCUCUGGAAUAUCUUCACAUGCUAGGGGUCAUAUACCGGGAUCUGAAGCCAGAGAACAUUCUAGUCCGUGAAGAUGGACAUAUAAUGCUAUCGGACUUUGACCUCUCGCUGAGGUGCUCAGUGAAUCCUGUGCUCCUUCGAUCAUCCUCUAUAGCUGCAAACCACCAACCUCGGAAACUUGCAGGACCAUGUGCAGAGAACUACUGCAUCAAUUCGUCAUGCAUCCAGCCCUCUUGUGCCCAAACAUCUUGCUUCACACCACGCCUACCGUCUAUUCCAAAGCCUCGGAAGCCUAAAUCUUCCCAGAAAAGGCUUCCUCAACUUGUUGUAGAGCCCACUGAUGCACGUUCCAAUUCCUUUGUUGGCACGCAUGAGUACCUCGCACCAGAAAUCAUCAAAGGGGAUGGCCAUGGAAGUGCCGUGGACUGGUGGACCUUUGGUGUCUUCCUUUACGAACUUCUGUAUGGCAAGACACCCUUCAGAGGACCUGGGAACGAUGAAACAUUGGCAAAUGUGGUAUCACAGAAUCUUCGUUUCCCGGACAAACCAGUUGUGAGCAGCAACGCCAAAGACCUCAUCAGAGGUUUGCUGGUGAAGGAGCCAGAGAACAGACUCGGAUCCUUGAGAGGAGCAGCUGAGAUCAAGCAACAUCCUUUCUUUGACGGCUUGAAUUGGGCCCUGAUUCGGUCCUCAGCUCCACCGGAGACACAACCUUGCAAUGUCGUGACUCUUGUGACGACGCGAAAGAAGAAAGAAGGCAAAUGUCUCGAGUUCAGAAGUAACUCCGAGGAUCUGGAAUUCGAAGUUUUUUAGUAACCACUAGUCAAUAGUCUAAAUUUUUCUUUGAGUAGCUAAAGGCUGGGGGUGUACAUGUAGAUUCUUGUAUUUCAGUAACUGUGAUGUUCCUGUUAAUAGCAUAACUAAAUUGAAAAGAAUAAGCAGAGCUUAUGCCAUCAUCAUUGCUGCUGCAUAUGAUUUGCUUUC